AUGAUGGCACAGAUUAGCAGAAUGCUCCUUGCACUGAUGUUGAGUUUGUUUGUUGGAGCUUCAACUUUCAUCUUAUCUCCUGCAGCGGCCUUCCAGCUGCCGCCCUGUCAGCUCAUCAACCAGACAGUGUCUCUGGAGAAGGAGGGCUGUCCCAGCUGUCAUCCAGUGGAGACAACCAUCUGCAGUGGACACUGCAUCACCAAGGACCCUGUCAUCAAGAUACCAUUCAGCAAUGUGUACCAGCAUGUGUGCACAUACCGGGACCUGUACUAUAAAACAUUUGAGCUUCCUGACUGCCCACCUGGUGUAGACCCGAUCGUCACCUACCCUGUGGCUUUGAAUUGCCACUGCGGUCGCUGUGCCAUGGACACAUCUGACUGCACCUUUGAGAGCCUGCAACCUGACUUCUGCAUGAAUGACAUCCCUUUCUACUAUUAA